AAGACGAUGUCAUAUCUUUAGUGGAGGUCAAGAACAGCGUAACAUCACAACGAAGCUCCCUUUGAGUGUGCCGCCAGGCUGUGACCUACCUACUUAACACCCUCUUCACUGCCUCUCCCAGCCAUCUGACACCAACACGAACCAGAACCACUACUUUACUGCACACCUACGAAACCAACAAUCCCUUUUAAUAUCACAAUAAACGGAGCCACUCACCAUCCACAUAUCAUCAUGGCCGGCGAUCCUCGUGCCCUGUUACAAAAGGCCGACAAAGCGUUGGCGGGCGCCUCGAGCGGCUUUAGCCUCUUCGGUGGCCGAGAGGAGAAGUACAUGAAUGCCGCAGACCUGUACGUUGAGGCAGCCAAUGCCUUCCGGAUGCAGAAAAUGAACCGCGAGGCCGGGCAAGCAUUCGAGAAGGCCGCCGCCGUACAGAGCAAGAACCUCAACGAGCCAGACGACGCCGCGAACACCCUAGUCGACGCCUUCAAAGUUUACCGCAAGGAAAACCCCGAGGAUGCCGUCCGAUGCCUCGAGGCCGCCGUCACCCAGUACUGCAAGAAGGGUAAUUUCCGACGAGCAGCGCAGCACAAGGAGAACAUAGGCGAGGUCUACGAGGUCGAAUUGAGCGAUACUAAGCACGCGUUGGAAAGCUACGAGGCCGCCGCUGGGUGGUAUGAAGGAGAUAACGCCGCCGCGCUCGCAAACAAGCUCUGGCUCAAAGUGGCCGACAUCGCCGCCAUCGAAGGCGAUUACUAUAAAUCUAUCGAACAAUUCGAGAAGGUGGCAGGCGCCUCCAUCAAUAACAACCUGAUGCGCUACUCAGUGAAGGAAUACUUCCUCAAGGCGGGCAUCUGUCACCUGGCGACAGGCGACGUCGUCGCGGUCAACCGUGCCCUCGAGAAGUACCAAGACUUAGACCCCACAUUUCCAGGCACCCGAGAGCACCAGCUACUAGUAGACUUGACAGCGGCGGUCGAGGCAGCCGACCAAGACCAGUUUACAGACAAGCUAUUCCAAUACGAUCAGAUGAGCAAGCUUGAUAAGUGGAAGACUACUAUUCUUGUACGAGUCAAGAAUAGCAUCGAAGAGGCUGGCGAGGACUUUUCUUAGCUAGGCUUGCGGGCGUCGGACGCGAAGCGAGUCGCGAAGCGGGGAGAAGGGGGAGCAGGCUUAAUACCCGAAUGCUAAUUACUUGUAUACCUGGCGUUUUGUACGGCCGGACCGGGGGCAAGGGCUUAGCAUGUUGUAGGAUGAACCUGCGAAUGGCGAGGUGGAGGGAUACUUGGCCUGCGUUCUCGUUAUUACCUCGUUUCGGGGAACCUGGAUCGUAGUAGCAUCACUACCAGCUACUAUCUAUCGGAAUCUGAAAGAGACCACCGACUAAUCGACCAACCAACCAACCAACCGGCCAAACUGUCUAGACCUUGGUACAUGCCAACACGAGACACACUGGCACGAAACGGUUAGCUGUUUUCCCACGUUUCUGGGUGUUUGCAUCAGACUAGGAUUCGAGGGGCAAUACAUAAUCGCUGGGUCUUUUUUCUCAUCAUGCCAGAUUUAUGAUCUUGCCGGGGUCGACAGAAAAGGGGUUUCGUAGGGGAGCAGUCCCAGGAGGAUACCUCCGUACCUAGGUAGGUACCUCCUUAUGUGCCUGGAGAUGUACUACGUGGUGGGGUUCGGCCUUUUUGGCGAUAAGAUCGAUAAGGACUCGAUAAGCGAAA